AGAUUUCCUUUCAGUUCCCCAAAAUAUUUUUCGCUGGAAAGCUUUUUCCUUCCCUUUUUGCUAGUCAUUUGCAGAUCUUUUCCAUGGGUAAUUAUACCAGCCCGCCCCAUUUUCACCCCGUAAUAAAGCUGGAUUUGGACAACUUUCAAAAGAACGUUUGGACGAUCACUCUCGGCAAAACAGGCGACAAGUUUAAUGUUGAAGAUCCUCUGUAGCUGAAGCUUUUUUGGUACUACAAGUAAAUGAAAGACCACAUGAAGUAGGCCUCAAGCUGAUUCUUGUUUCCACCCUAGGACUACGUACUAGCGACACACAUUGUAUUCAUGGUACUAUUAAACACAAUACCAAUGUGCUGAAAAAGACUAGACAACCAGAAAUUUUAAUCGACUGAAGUUUAUUUUCCACCACGACCCCUCAUAGAAGCCAUGGACCGUGUGAAGCACCUCGCCGUGGUCCGCAAGGUCGCGGCGGAAAUUAAAAACCACUGGGGUUUGGACGACAAAGACUUGGCCGAGUUCAUCGUCGACCUCGCCCAAAACGAGUCCAAUGACGCGCAAGACUUCCAGACGCAGCUGGCCGAGAACGGGGCGGAGUGCACCGAGGAUUUCGCGACCCACUUGUUCGACCUCGUGCAGAAGAUGGCCCCACCCAAAAAGAUCCAACUCGGGGGCCCGGGCGGCGCGCGACCCGGGAUGUUGCAGGUGGGGGGGAGUAGCAGCAGUAGUAGCUCCACGGCGAAUGGGAAGGUUGCGGCCGCGGCGCGCGAGCCCCGGAACGAGGUAGAAGCGCAGUUCCGCGGCUUAGCGAUCCCGGACGCGGCGCCCAACACCGGGUCGUUAGAAGCGGCGUUCAUUGGGCGGACGGAGCGGGAUGGAGGCGACGUGGGACGGACGGCGGCGAUACCAAAUGUAGAAAUGUCUGGGUCUGGAAGAUUGCAACUUGUGAUGCUGUCUCUGCAUUCUAAAAAAAUCUGUAUUGCAUGACCAGCAAGAGGGGUCCAGUUUGUGCUACAUGGAGAGUGUAUUACUAUUGAAACUGCAGCAACAAGCCAAAAUUGGCAUUCCUACCCUGGUUCCAGGGUAGGUUCCAGGGUAGGUUCCGGGGUAGGUAACACGAGGGGACAGUGGAUUUAAGAGGGGGGGGGUACAGCCUACCCAGGAACCGACCCAGGAACCGACUCAACCCGACUCCUCAGCCGACCGAUACAGCUCGGGGAAAAAAACAAACACGAGCUGUGGAGUCGGGUGAAGAGUCGGGUAAAAGUCGGGUCCAGGGUAGGUUUUGAGUCGGGUAAAGUCGGGCAAAUAGCUCGGGAAAGGCAAAGCGACCUUACCCGACUCUACCCGACUCCAGCUGAUGCGAUAUCCUUUGCCGAUGUGUGUGGGUCUGGUUGGAAGAGGCCAAGUCGGUCAUGCAUACUGUGCGUGGCCCACUAUUCGCUAGGAGCAAAACCACGCUCGCCACAAAGCGCCGCGGCUGGCUUUUUGGAUGAGGGCACCAUGUAGGAAGGACGCGCGGGAACUGGCCUGGGGACACGGAGCAAAACCGCGGCAAGAAGUUUCCCAGAAUUGGGCGAAGGUGGUGCCCGGUUUCUCGCGCAAAUCGGCACGGGGACACACACGAAGCAAAGCCGUGGCAUGAAGCUGCCCCGAACACAAUAGGGCGAAGGCGGUGCCCGGUGUCUCGCGCAAACUGGCACGGGGACACGGAGCAAAGCCGCGGCCAGAAUCGUGCCCGCCGCACUGGCACACGGAGCAAAACCGCUCCCCCCCCCAGAAUUGGGCGAGGGCGGUGCCCGGUGUCUCGCGCAAACUGGCACGGGGACACGGAGCAAAGCCGCGGCCAGAAUCGUGCCCGCCGCACUGGCACACGGAGCAAAACCGCUCCCCCCCCCGAAUUGGGCGAGGGCGGUGCCCGGUGUCUCGCGCAAACUGGCACGGGGACACGGAGCAAAGCCGCGGCCAGAAUCGUGUCCGCCGCACUGGCACACGGAGCAAAACCGCUCCCCCCCCAGAAUUGGGCGAGGGCGGUGCCCGGUGUCUCGCGCAAACUGGCACGGGGACACGGAGCAAAGCCGCGGCCAGAAUCGUGUCCGCCGCACUGGCACACGGAGCAAAACCGCUCCCCCCCCAGAAUUGGGCGAGGGCGGUGCCCGGUGUCUCGCGCAAACUGGCACGGGGACACGGAGCAAAGCCGCGGCCAGAAUCGUGUCCGCCGCACUGGCACACGGAGCAAAACCGCUCCCCCCCCAGAAUUGGGCGAGGGCGGUGCCCGGUGUCUCGCGCAAACUGGCACGGGGACACGGAGCAAAGCCGCGGCCAGAAUCGUGUCCGCCGCACUGGCACACGGAGCAAAACCGCUCCCCCCCCAGAAUUGGGCGAGGGCGGUGCCCGGUGUCUCGCGCAAACUGGCACGGGGACACGGAGCAAAGCCGCGGCCAGAAUCGUGUCCGCCGCACUGGCACACGGAGCAAAACCGCUCCCCCCCCAGAAUUGGGCGAGGGCGGUGCCCGGUGUCUCGCGCAAACUGGCACGGGGACACGGAGCAAAGCCGCGGCCAGAAUCGUGUCCGCCGCACUGGCACACGGAGCAAAACCGCUCCCCCCCCAGAAUUGGGCGAGGGCGGUGCCCGGUGUCUCGCGCAAACUGGCACGGGGACACGGAGCAAAGCCGCGGCCAGAAUCGUGUCCGCCGCACUGGCACACGGAGCAAAACCGCUCCCCCCCCAGAAUUGGGCGAGGGCGGUGCCCGGUGUCUCGCGCAAACUGGCACGGGGACACGGAGCAAAGCCGCGGCCAGAAUCGUGUCCGCCGCACUGGCACACGGAGCAAAACCGCUCCCCCCCCAGAAUUGGGCGAGGGCGGUGCCCGGUGUCUCGCGCAAACUGGCACGGGGACACGGAGCAAAGCCGCGGCCAGAAUCGUGUCCGCCGCACUGGCACACGGAGCAAAACCGCUCCCCCCCCAGAAUUGGGCGAGGGCGGUGCCCGGUGUCUCGCGCAAACUGGCACGGGGACACGGAGCAAAGCCGCGGCCAGAAUCGUGUCCGCCGCACUGGCACACGGAGCAAAACCGCUCCCCCCCCAGAAUUGGGCGAGGGCGGUGCCCGGUGUCUCGCGCAAACUGGCACGGGGACACGGAGCAAAGCCGCGGCCAGAAUCGUGUCCGCCGCACUGGCACACGGAGCAAAACCGCUCCCCCCCCAGAAUUGGGCGAGGGCGGUGCCCGGUGUCUCGCGCAAACUGGCACGGGGACACGGAGCAAAGCCGCGGCCAGAAUCGUGUCCGCCGCACUGGCACACGGAGCAAAACCGCUCCCCCCCCAGAAUUGGGCGAGGGCGGUGCCCGGUGUCUCGCGCAAACUGGCACGGGGACACGGAGCAAAGCCGCGGCCAGAAUCGUGUCCGCCGCACUGGCACACGGAGCAAAACCGCUCCCCCCCCAGAAUUGGGCGAGGGCGGUGCCCGGUGUCUCGCGCAAACUGGCACGGGGACACGGAGCAAAGCCGCGGCCAGAAUCGUGUCCGCCGCACUGGCACACGGAGCAAAACCGCUCCCCCCCCAGAAUUGGGCGAGGGCGGUGCCCGGUGUCUCGCGCAAACUGGCACGGGGACACGGAGCAAAGCCGCGGCCAGAAUCGUGUCCGCCGCACUGGCACACGGAGCAAAACCGCUCCCCCCCCAGAAUUGGGCGAGGGCGGUGCCCGGUGUCUCGCGCAAACUGGCACGGGGACACGGAGCAAAGCCGCGGCCAGAAUCGUGUCCGCCGCACUGGCACACGGAGCAAAACCGCUCCCCCCCCAGAAUUGGGCGAGGGCGGUGCCCGGUGUCUCGCGCAAACUGGCACGGGGACACGGAGCAAAGCCGCGGCCAGAAUCGUGUCCGCCGCACUGGCACACGGAGCAAAACCGCUCCCCCCCCAGAAUUGGGCGAGGGCGGUGCCCGGUGUCUCGCGCAAACUGGCACGGGGACACGGAGCAAAGCCGCGGCCAGAAUCGUGUCCGCCGCAGUGGCACACGGAGCAAAACCGCUCCCCCCCCAGAAUUGGGCGAGGGCGGUGCCCGGUGUCUCGCGCAAACUGGCACGGGGACACGGAGCAAAGCCGCGGCCAGAAUCGUGUCCGCCGCACUGGCACACGGAGCAAAACCGCUCCCCCCCCAGAAUUGGGCGAGGGCGGUGCCCGGUGUCUCGCGCAAACUGGCACGGGGACACGGAGCAAAGCCGCGGCCAGAAUCGUGUCCGCCGCACUGGCACACGGAGCAAAACCGCUCCCCCCCCAGAAUUGGGCGAGGGCGGUGCCCGGUGUCUCGCGCAAACUGGCACGGGGACACGGAGCAAAGCCGCGGCCAGAGUCUUCGUGUCUGCCGCACUGGCACACGGGGCAAAACCGCCCCCCGCCCCAGAAUUGGGCGAAGGCGGUGCCCGGCUUCUCGCGCAAACUGGCACGAAGACACGACGCAAAGCCGCGGCCAGAAUCGUGCCCGCCGCACUGGCACACGGAGCAAAGCCGCAGAAUUGGGCGAGGGCGGUGCCCGGUGUCUCGCGCAAACCGGCACGGGGACACGCACGGAGCAACGCCGCGGCUCGAACCGCGUCCGCCGCACUGCCUGGCACACGGAGCAAAAUCGCCCCCCCCCCCAGAAUUGGGCGAGGGUGGUGCCCGGUGUCUCGCGAAAACUGGAAAGGGGACACGGAGCAAAGCCGCAGCCAGAACCGCGUCCGCCGCACUGGCCCACGGAGCAAAACCGCUCCCCCCCCAGAAUUGGGCGAGGGCGGUGCUCGGUGUCUCGCGCAAACUGGCACGGGGACACGAAGGAAGCAAAGCAAGCCGCGGCCCGAACCGUACCGCGUCCGCCGCACUGGCACACGGAGCAAAACCGCUCCCCCCCAGAAUUGGGCGAAAGCGGUGCCCGGUGUCUCGCGCAAACUGGCACGGGGACACACACGGAGCAAAGCCGCGGCCCGAACCGCUUCCGCCGCACUGGCACACGGAGCGAAACCGCUCCCCCCCAAGAAUUGGGCGCGGGCGGUGCCCGGUUUCUCGCGCAAAAUGGCGCGGGGACACGGAGCAAAGCCGCGGCCGGAACCGCUUCCGCCGCACUGGCACACGGAGCAAAACCGCUCCCCCCCAGAAUUGGGCGAGGGCGGUGCCUGGUUUCUCCCGCAAACUGGCAUGGGGGUGCACUGCGCAAAAGCGCGGCCCGAAGCUUCGCAGAAUCAGCCGGGCGAAGGCGGUGCCCGCCCGCUUUCUCGCGCAGACUGGCUUGGGGACGCACACGGGGCCAGGCCGCGGCCUGCGCUUAAUAGUUUCCAAGACUUGGGCGCAGGAGGUGCCCGGCUGGGUUUCUCGCGCCAACUGGCGUGGGCACAGACACGGAGCAAAACCAUGGCCAGGGGCUGCCCAGAGUAGGGCGAAGGGGCUGCCCGGCUUCUCGCGCGAGCUGGCACGGGGACACGGACCAAAACCGCGGCCCGAAGCUUCACAGAGAAAGAGUCGAGCGGCCGAAGGCGCUGCCUGCCCGGUUUCCCGCGGAGACUGGCAGGGGGACACGGGCGAGCGGGUUGCCAACGUCUGCCGCCGGGUCGCUUUCAAUCAAAAGCCCGCCAGCGCUUCCAGAAAUCCGGGACCGGCCUCGCGUCCGUGGUCGGCGGCUUGCGGGAUUCCGGCCGGCGCAGACAUCCAAAAGCCCGGCCGCAUUGGCCAAAGAAAAGCCGGGCGGCGACUUCCGCAAGGCUGGGGGCCGCUUCCUUCCGCAGGUGUGCCGCCGGCUUUUAGAAGUUAGGCCGCCCGCCAAGCGCUUCUCUCCUGAAGUAGGGCCGCCAGGCAGCGGCGCCCAAUGGCCCGGCGCCGACUUCGAAACGCUUGCCAUCAGCUUGCAGGCCGGUGUCGGGGUCCUGCAAGUGGAGGCGAACGCGCCACCCCUCGGGCGCCCAUCGGGGCGCCCUAUGUGGUAGCCCGCUGGGGAUGGCGCGGCACUGGCCAUUCCUCUACUUCGCGACGCGCGUCCCCGUUGCGGUUGCGUUCGAAUGUCGCGCGGAGCAAGCCCGCACGGCCUCGGAAACUGCUCCGGCCGCCCAAUGCCCCUCAAAGAUGCAAGGUCUCUGCACGGGGGCCCCAGCCCCCGUGCUCGGACCUUGUUUCUCAUGCGAGAUAGGCAUCAGAAAGCCAGCUAAAAAUCUGCGAUGCCAGGUUAUGCAUUACAGACGUCAUAUGUCAUGUAAAAUCUGCAUGACAAGUCUGGCACUCUUGUUCCAGACCCAGACAUUUUUACAUUUGAUAGGCGAGUUUGUUGGAGUCAGAAAUGACAGAAAGGGAGAAGAGGGACGCGGCGAAGGGGAAAGGUAUUAAAUACGACUUGUAUUUUAGUGUACAGCUGCUGUGAUUUUGAAACGACUGGGCUCCUGCUUCUGCGUUUAGAGUUUGUCUUGGUGGAAGAUGAACUCCAAGGACAGGUUGAAAACAAUAACAACCGUCGCUCAUCAACAUCGUAUGAUGUCAGUUUUUUAACAUCUCACACUAUCUGCAGUGCGUAUAACAAAUUCGAAUUCCUUUCAUUUUCCAUGAAAAAAUUUAUUCCUAACCCAGGUAAGAAAGGCAAAAAGGGGGCCAAGAACGACCGCGACAACAUAUCAAAUGUAAAAAUGUCUGGGUGGUCUGGAAGAGUGCAUGUUUGUCAUGCUUGUCUGGCAUGACUCUCAAAUCUGUCAUGCACGUUACCCAAGAGCGCCAUUUUUCUGUCAUGCAGAAACGCAGUUUGUAAUGCAGAAUAGGCAACACCUAGAAGCUCAGAAACUUAUCAUGCUGAGCCAGCACUUGUGGCCUCCUCAUGAUACGCCACCCAGCAUCACAAUUUUCCAGACCCAGUCACUUUUACAUUUGAUACAACAAAGGCUCUGACAACUACUACCGUGACCAGGGCUACGACCGGCGGGAACGCAGCCCGAGACGAGGGGAGGAGAAGAAAGAGCCCGAAAAUAUGGAUUGCAAAUAUGUCUGGGUCUGGAAGGAUGCAAACUUGUGAUGCGCAUUUCAGAACACAGAAAAAUCUCUCAUGCAUAGGUAGCAAAAGCUGCCCACUUUCUGUCACCAAAGUGGGCGACUUGUCAUGCGGAUUCGGCAUUGCGGAAGCUUCUCGAAACCUGUGACGCUAGAGCUUCCAUGCCAGACCUUCACUGUCAUGCAAAAACAGCACGACUCUUCCAGACCCAGACAUUUUUGCAUUUGAUAGAAAAAUCCAUCACCCAAAUCCGCGCCUCGCUCCGGCGGAAAGCCUUGGAGAAAUGGGAAAUCUACGCGGGCGAGGUGCAGAAGCUGCAGGACUACGGCGCUUUUAUCUCCAUCGACACGAGUGACGGCCGCAAGGAGGGUUUGUGCCACGCGCAGUUCAUCACGAAGGACCCGGAUAAGGGGACCCGGCCCGACCAAAUCCUGCAGCGGAGGCUAUGAAAGUGCACAACUCCCCCUCCCCCUCAUUUCUAUUGCAUAAACAGCAAUACAAGCGGCAGCAAGAAUACAGGAUUUGCAUGACAAAUUCGGACAGGACUGUAGUGCUAUUUGGGCUUCCAAAACUUGUCAUGCAAACAGUGCCAAGAGCCGAGGCCCUUAAUUAGGCAUUUUGCAUGACAAAUGAGGGGUUUGGGGGAGUUGUGCACUCUCAUAGAGGCAAGAGGUGUUCGUGAAGGUCGUCGCGUUGACGGAGAAGAAAAUCUCCCUUUCCAUGAUCGAAGUGGACCAAAAAACGGCGGAGGAUUUGAAACCGCGAGACCCCGAAACCGGUUUACCCGUGAAGAUGAUGAACUCCAGUAGUGGCGCGAACAGCUUACCGCUAGGGGGUAAUAGCAUGUUGAAGACCAGUAAAAAUCAGAACAACGCCCUGAAAACCCACGGCGAGCACACGGGCGUGAAUUUGAACAUCCCCGACACGAUCGGGGGAAGGCAGAAGGACCGGAACAAGAAGAAGUUAAACGAUUACGACCGGUGGGAAAAUCAGCAAUUGGUGAAUUCCGGGGUCAUCAAGCGGACCGAAAGAGCGGAUUUUGACCCGAACGCGGGCGUAUCAAAUGCAAAAUUGUCUGGGUCUUGAAGAUUUCUAGAUUUGUCAUGCAUAUUUUCCAUGAGCCAUGAUGUCUGUGAUGCAUGCCGUAGCGUCACAGAUCUUUUGAGGGCCUUGCGAUACCUCUACCGCAUGAGAAAUGCCCUCUCCGCGUAGGACAAACCCGACCCCUCUUGCUGGUCAUGCAAUACAAAUGUUUUUAGAAUCCACGGACAGCAUCACAAGUUGCAACUUUCUAGACCCAGACACUUUUGCAAUCCAUAGGGCGGCUUUCUGGCGGAGGAAGAGGUGGAAGAGGAGUACGAGGUCGACGUGAUCGACCAGGAGCCGGCGUUUCUCGUGAACCAGACCGCGCGGAGCGGCGCGCAGUUGUCUCCCAUCCGCUUGGUGAAGAUGCCGGAGGGGUCGCUCGCGCAGGCGGCGUCCAACGCCGCCGCGGCGAUCAAGGAGACGCGACAAGCCCGGGACGCGAUCCAGCAGCAGAACGCGCAGGAGAUGAUUCCCAAGGACAUGAGCAAGCCGUGGGACGACCCGAAGCCGGACCCCGGGUCGCGGGCGUUGGUGAGUCAGAUCCGCGGGAUCUCGGACACGGGGAACUACGAACUCCCGGAGUGGAAAAAGCUGUACAAAAACAACUCGGUGUCCCUCGGACAGAAGUCCAACAAACCGAUCAAGGAGCAGCGCAUGGGGCUGCCGAUCUUCAAGUUGCGGGGGCCGCUGCUGGAGGCGAUUAUUAACAACCAGGUUUUGGUGGUCAUCGGGGAAACAGGGAGUGGGAAGACGACGCAGAUCACGCAAUAUUUGGCCGAGGCAGGUAUAAGAAGAUGAUGUGUCACGACGAGUCUCUGUGAUGCUAUGCUGAAUAUAGCAGUAAAAUGUAUGCGCUCUGCAUGCGUUGGUGAGUGCUGUCCACCUGGUGAAAAUUAUUCUGAUUCAUUGCUAAGUUCUUGUGCAAUAAUUUUUCUUUCGACGAAAAAUGGAAGGUUCUGAGUACGCUGAAAAAUUCAUCAACCCAUUCAGGUUUCACGUCCCGCGGUAUGAUCGGUUGCACCCAGCCCCGUCGUGUGGCCGCGAUGUCCGUCGCAAAGCGCGUCGCGGAAGAGUUUGGCUGCCGGUUAGGGCAGGAGGUCGGGUACAGCAUCCGGUUCGAGGACCAAACCAGCCGGGACACGGUGAUCAAGUACAUGACGGACGGUAUGCUGAUGCGCGAGAUGUUGCAGGACCCGGACUUGAAACGGUACACCCUGAUCAUGCUCGACGAGGCGCACGAGCGGACGAUCAUGACGGACGUGCUGUUCUGUUUGUUGAAGAAAGCGUGUAAACGCAGACCCGAUUUCAAGCUCAUCGUGACCUCCGCGACGCUGGAUGCGGAGAAGUUUUCUUCCUACUUUUUCGACGCGAAGAUCUUCACGAUUCCGGGCCGAACCCACCCCGUGGAGAUCAACUACUCCCUCGAACCGUUAUCAAAAGGAAAAGUGCCCCCUCCCCAUAUCAAAACGAAGUUUCUGAUGCUGGAUUUGCGUACACAAAUCAGAUUCGUCUUGCUGGAGGGGACUGCAGGCUUUAUAUCAAGCCUGAGUAGACAGGUUUUGGCCUAGGCACUUAGCAUGAAGAACGUCAGCACUGUAGGCCCAACAGCAUGACAAACCGCCUGCAGAAUUCUGCGGAGCCCGUGGAGUUGCCUUCUUGCAAGACAGACGCGACUUGUGCUCACAAAUCAGCAACGCAAAUUGUCGAGCGCGUACCUUUUCAACAUGGGGAGGGGGGAUUUUUCCUUCUGAUAACCGUGUGAAGACAGCUACGUGGACACGGCAUUGAUGUGCAUCAUGGAGAUCCACUAUCAAAUGUAAAAGUGUCUGGGUCUGGAAGAGUCAUGCUGUUUCUGCAUGACAAAGAAGGUCUGGAAUGGAAGCUCUAGCAUCACAGGUUUCGAGAAGCUUCCGCAAUGCCGAACCCGCAUGACAAAUCCCCCAUUUUGGUGACAGAAAGUGAGCAGCUUUUGCUACCUAUGCAUGAGGGAUUUUUGUGUGUUCUGAAAUGCGCAUCACAGGUUACAUCCUUCCAGACCCAGACACUUUUGCACUUGAUAUCCACUUGCGAGAACCCGCCGGGGACAUUUUGCUGUUCCUCACCGGUCAGGAAGAGAUCGACACGGCGGCGCAGGUGUUGCACGAGCGCAUGAAGGCCUUGGAGAGCAACAGCCCGCCGCCCUUGAUCAUAUCAAAUGCAAAAGUGUCUGGGUCUGGAUGAGUGGAACUUGUAAUGCUGUCUGCGGAUUCUAAAAAUAUCUGUGGUGCAUGAGCAGCAAGAGGAGUCAGUUCUUGGCGCGCUGGAAAGAGAGGGCAUUUGUCAUGCGUAAUUAGCAUCAAGAAGCUCUCAGCAAAUCUGUGAUGCUAGCACCAGCAUCACAGACCUGACGGGUCAUGCAAAAUAUGCAUGACAGGCCCCGACUCUUCCAGACCCAGACAUAUUUGCUGUUCAUAGAUCAUUCUGCCGGUGUACUCCGCGCUGCCGUCGGAGAUGCAAACCAUGAUCUUCGAGCCCGCGCCGCCGGGGUGCCGGAAGUGCGUGAUUGCGACGAACAUCGCGGAAGCGAGUCUGACCAUCGAUGGUACUAUUCUAGAUGCAUAUAAUUUUUCCUUGUUGACCACGUUAACGAACUCUGAGUGUAGUUGCAGUUACAAAAUUCUGCACCUCCUGUUGCUGCUUGUAUCUUCGGGCGAUGAACAUCGUUUGAUUUUUUACCAUUUCCAACACCCAGGUAUCUACUAUGUGGUCGAUCCGGGGAUGGCGAAGCAGAAGUGCUACAACUCCAAAACCGGGAUGGAUUCCCUGGUCAUCGUGCCCAUUUCCCAGGCCAGCGCCAAGCAGCGCGCGGGUCGCGCCGGGCGUACCGGGCCCGGGAAGUGCUUCCGACUGUACACGGAAGCGGCCUACAAGAACGAGAUGUCCCCCAUGAACGUGCCGGAAAUCCAGCGGACAAACUUGGUAUCAAAGUGAAAAAUGCCCCCACCCCCAAACUUGGAAGCAUUUGUAUUGCAAGCCUUUCCAAAUGAAACACUCGCCCGCUUGCAUCUAUCAGCAUCGCAGAUUUCCAAUCGUGAAUAGCAAAAAUUUGUAUUGCAAAAGACCCCAGCAAGAAUGGCGCUUGUCAUGCAAGCGAUACGAUACACACCUAGACUCUGCAUCAGAAAGAUUCAUACUCCUUUCAUGCAUGGCAAAAAGUUUUCAUUUGGAAACAAAUUUUUGCAAUUUCAGGGGUGGGGGGCACUUUUCACUGCAAUACUUGGCGAACGUGGUUUUGGUGCUGAAAGCCAUGGGCGUGAACGAUUUACUUGGUUUCGACUUCAUGGACCCGCCGCCCGUGCAAACGUUAAUCAACUCGUUGGAAGCGCUGUGGACCCUCGGGGGGUUGGACAACGAGGGGAUGCUGACGCGUUUGGGCCGGAAGAUGGCGGACUUCCCGUUAGAGCCCGCGCAAUCCAAGACGCUGUUAGUGGCCGUCGACCUGCAGUGUGCAGACGAGAUCAUGACGAUCUUGGCCAUGUUGUCCGUGCAGAACGUGUUUUACCGCCCGCGCGAGAAGCAGACGCUGGCGGAUCAGAAGAAGUCCCAGUUUCACCAGACGGAGGGCGACCACAUCACGUUACUCGAGGUCUACAAGGCGUGGCAGCGGAACCGGUUCAGCAGUCCGUGGUGUUUCGAAAAUUUCGUGCAAGUGCGGUCGCUGAAGCGCGCCCAGGAGGUCCGAAAGCAGCUGAUCGGGAUUUUGGACCGGUAUCAGCUGGAAAUUCAGUCCUGCGGCACCGACUACAACCGGUAUCAAAUGCAAAAGUGUCUGGGUCUGGAAACAUGUGUUGCUGAUGCUUGCAUUGCAAACUUGCUGCUUGUACGGCAUAACAGCAUGAGAAAUUUCCGUCGGCAUUCCUUGUGGAUUUCAUUUGUAUUUAGCAUUACAAACUACCAUAUCCAGCACGACAAAAAACCUGGCCAAUGGUAUUCAUGCAUUACAGAUCUUGUUGUCCUUGAAGUCCUGCGUCACAAAUCCAGACCCAGACAUAUUUGCAAUGCAUAACCGGUUGCGGAAGACGAUUUGUGCAGGGUACUUUAACCACGCGUGCAAGAGGGACGCGAAGGAGGACGGUAUCCUGUGUAAAGACGUCCCCACGACCCCAUGGUCAAGAUGGGAAAGCUGCUAGACAAAUCCACAAGGCUUGGCUGUUGCGCAUGACAGGUUUGGCCCUGGAGUGUAGUCCUGUAUAGCUUGUUCACCAGCAUCACAAAUCUAGCACGUCAUGCUGAUUGGAGCAUGACAAAUUCCGAAACACGACGCGAAAACGCUUCUCAUGGGGCUCCGCAUGAGAAACAUCUUCAGCGUGCAUAAUUGCAUUACAACUAUGGGGUGGGGACGUUUUUAUAUAGGAUAGACGGGUAUAAAACGUUGCUCGACAACCAAGUCGUCCACAUCCACCCGAGUAGCUCCUUGUACCAAAAUAUCAACUGCAAAUAUCUCUGGAUCUGGAAGAUUGCAACUUGUGAUGCGGAUUAUGGAAUAGACAAAAAUUUGUAUUGCAUGAGCGCCAAAACAAGCUGCUCAUUUCUUGCUGCGCAAGUCGGGAAUUUCUCAUGCAGGACCACAGUCAGCAGAAGGCCUGCGCGAAUAAACCUGGAAUGCUUUUGCGUGCAUGGCAGACCAUUUGCAUAAUCCAAAAGAUGCAUGACAAACACGGGCUGCAUUCUUCCAGACCCAGACAUAUUUGCAAUCCAUACAACAAGCGCCGGAAUGGAUCGUCUACCACGAAUUGGUCUUGACCACGAAGGAGUACCUGCGCGAAGUGUCCACGAUCGAACCCCACUGGCUCCCGGAGCUCGCGCCCAACUUGUUCCAGAAGGCCGACGAGAACAAGAUCUCGAAGCGGAAACAGUUCGAGACGAUCGAACCCUUGUACAACAAGUUCGAGGAGAAAAACUCCUGGCGUCUCUCCAGGCGCGCGGGGUAGAAGAGAGGGGGAAGAGAACGAUGCCUGCUAUGUAUUUCUGGUGGUUGGACUUGGCUCUUUCUUCUGGCUCUGCGGAAGAAGGUCCUGGUCAUCAGUUGUACUUAGGAAUUUCCUCUCGCAGCAGUACCGAAAAGCGAAGAUCAUGUGCGGAGCAGCAGUUUUGGAUCUUCACUUAUUUAUUUUCGUGAAGAAAUUAUACUUCGUAUCUUAUCCUCAGACUUCAUUUAUCGGCGACACUCAAGAACAAGCAAAAACUAUAUUUCAUUUGUGUUUCGAGGAUUGACAUUGCCAUUGAUGAGCCACAUCAGCGAUUUGUCGCUUUAUUUCACCAUCCCCGAGUCUGUACGACAUGGUCGUGGAAACAAAAUAUUUAAGAUGAAAAGCAAAGAAUCCGUCUGUGCUCUACUCACGGGGUACAGGGUAUGCAGCCG